CUAAAGGAUGACGCAGUGGCCUUGGUAGAUGUUUUUGCUCCGACUGAUUUCAUCCUCAACUCACCAAUUGGCUAUGCUGAUGGACAGCUGUAUAAGAACCUGUGGUCGACAAUGAUGCAGGGCAGUCAGGUUCUGGAACGUCCCUCAUGGUGGAAAGAGUUCUGCUCAGAUAAACCUGUGAUUGGGUCCUUGCAGUCCAAACUUUGAAGGCUGAAGAAACGCUGUAGAGGCCCUGUGAACAAGCAUCUGGAAUAAAGAAUCUUCAACAAUGCUAUGCUUAGAAAUUUACGAAAGAAAAAAUUUAUUUCCAUGUAUUUACGUCUGAAAAUCCACAGUUUACUGUAAAUCACGUCAUGUUWGGUUUUUGACAAAUCAAAAAAUCUAAAGGUUUUUACCGCUCAUUUAAACACCAAACAAUUGAUAACAAACUUUUACAUAAAGAAAAUAAACUGCUGUCAGCUCUC